CGGGUUCCGAGAGCUUCAGUCAGGUAGGCGGCUCCGCGCGCGGCAGCGGCUCGGCUAGGUGGAGGUGAGGGGGAGUCUCCAGGCAGAGACAUGGAUUUACAUGCAAUUACAGCACACUCCGCAUUACAUGCCAAGCCCAGUGGACUCGUUCUUCAAUAUGGGACUGCUGGCUUUCGAACGAAAGCGGAACAUCUCGAUCAUGUCAUGUAUCGCAUGGGAUUAUUGGCUGUCCUGAGGUCAAAACAGACAAAAUCUACCAUAGGAGUCAUGGUAACAGCCUCACAUAAUCCUGAGGAAGACAAUGGGGUAAAAUUGGUUGAUCCUUUGGGUGAAAUGUUGGCACCAUCCUGGGAGGAACAUGCUACCAGUUUGGCAAACGCUGAGGAACAAGAUCUGCCAGGAGUGUUGAUGGACAUCAUCGUGAAAGCAGCUGUGGAUCUGCAACAAGACGCCUUCGUAGUGAUUGGCAGAGACACCAGACUCUCCAGUGAGAAACUCUCACAGUCUGUAAUAGAUGGUGUGACUGUUUUAGAAGGUCAAUUCCAUGAUUAUGGCUUGGUAACAACACCCCAGCUGCAUUAUAUGGUGUACUGUCGAAAUACCAGUGGCCAGUAUGGGGAGGCAACCGUAGAAGGUUACUACCAGAAACUGUCUAAGGCUUUUAUGGAACUUACCAAACAGCCUUUCUGCAGUGAAGAGGAAUAUCGAUCACUUAAGGUCGACUGUGCAAAUGGCAUAGGGGCCCUGAAGCUGAAAGAAAUGGAACACUACAUUUCCCAGGGGCUGUCAGUUCAGCUCUUCAAUGACGGCACCAAAGGGAAACUCAAUCACUUAUGUGGAGCUGACUUUGUGAAAAGUCAUCAGAAGCCUCCACAGGGAAUAGAAAUGAAGUCUAAUGAAAGAUGCUGUUCCUUUGAUGGAGAUGCAGACAGAAUUGUUUAUUACUACCUCGAUGUAGACGGUCACUUUCAUCUCAUAGAUGGAGACAAGAUAGCAACACUGAUUAGCAGAUUCCUUAAAGAGCUUCUGUUGGAGAUUGGAGAAAGUUUGAAUAUUGGUGUUGUACAAACUGCGUAUGCAAAUGGAAGUUCAACACGGUAUCUUGAAGAAGUUAUGAAGGUACCUGUCUAUUGUACUAAAACUGGUGUAAAACAUUUGCACCACAAGGCUCAAGAGUUUGACAUUGGAGUUUAUUUUGAAGCAAAUGGGCAUGGCACAGUACUGUUUAGUAAAGCUGCCGAAACAAAGAUAAGACAACUAGCAAAAGAAUUGGAAGAUGAGAAAAGGAAAGCUGCUGCUAAGACGCUUGAAAACAUUCUGGACUUGUUUAACCAGACGGCUGGUGAUGCUAUUUCUGAUAUGCUGGUGAUUGAGGCCAUCUUGACUCUGAAGGACUUGACUAUACAACAGUGGGAUGCCCUUUAUACGGAUCUUCCAAACAGACAGCUCAAAGUUAAGGUUGCAGACAGGCAAGUUAUCAGCACCACUGACGCUGAAAGACAAGUCGUUACGCCCCCAGGACUACAGGAGGCGAUCAGUGACCUGGUGAAGAAGCACAAGCUUUCCCGAGCUUUUGUCCGGCCUUCUGGUACAGAGGAUAUAGUCCGAGUGUAUGCAGAAGCGGACUCGCAGGAGAAUGCGGAUAGCCUUGCGCGUGCAGUGAGCCUGGCCGUCUUUGAGUUGGCUGGAGGAGUUGGAGAAGCACCCUAACCAGGAUUCACCAUUGUUGAUACAGAUAGGGAGGGCGGAGAAGACUUUACACAACCAGUUUUUUCCACAGCAAAAUUUAGAAUGAUUUUUAAAUGACUUACCUCAUCGGUUAACAUCACCAGGAGUUCGAGGUGUGACAUGGAGGCUGCACGUCUCUAUUCUGUACUCAGGGUGAGACGCUCGUGCUGCAGUGAUGAGGCUGCAGGGCCCGGCUUCGGUACUCUCUGUUCCUCUCAGUGAGGGUACGUGGAAGGGCACUAACUGUCAUGCUGUACCGAGCCUCUGACAGAGAAGCGCCACCAUUCUGAUACUGGAAUGUGGUUAAUAAUGGAAAGAUCCCAAUGAAUCUAAAUUAAACAAAGCCUGAAACCAAUAGCAAAAAAUGUGCAGUGUGUAUUUUGCAGGUUUAAGACAACUCAGGACAAUGGGACUGUAUAUGUAUAUAUAGAUCUCUCUUAGGCACCAUAAUCAAUAUGAGCCAACAAUAUUUAAACUUGAUUCAGGCCACAUUCAGACAUUUGCUCUUAUUUACAAAUAUUUAAAUUAAAUACAACCUGAAAUGUGUUUUGUUA